GGAUGAAGUCAAUAGAAGUGUGUGGAUCGCGCCGAGGAGUGAGAUAAAGUGUGAUUCAGGCGCGCGCCCGGAAGGUUUAAACGUAAACAAAUAUCGCCCGCUAGCUAAGGCUGUUAAAGGCAUAGCUCUCAUAUAGUAUUAUCUCGAGGGAUGGCUUUUCUGAGAUCUGUAAUACUAUGUAGCUUGUCGCGAAAGUUACGGAAAACGCUCCACAACGGCAAUGGUAAUUCCUCGUUAGUUCGGUUGUCUAUACCAGCACAUUCACUUGAAACACCAAAAUUCAAAUCUACGCACGCUGCGAGUGCAAUUGGUUUCGACACCGAUGUCCAGAAAUCAGAAAGCCAAUAUCCGAAAGAUCCAUUGGACCUCGCUUUUGAAGAUCCAGAGGCAUCGUUCAAGAGUAAAACCACAUGGGAAGUGCUACGAGCAUACAUUGUCUACACGUUAUGUACUUCGGAAUACCUGGUCGAAAAUAAUAUGAAGCUAAUGAAGAUCGCGAAGAGCGUUCUGGGCGAGCGCCUGUUCCGCGCGCUCAUGAAGGGCACUUUCUACGGCCACUUCGUCGCCGGCGAGGACCAGAUCCGCAUCCGGCCCACGCUGGAGCGGCUGCGCUCCUUCGGCGUCAAGCCCAUCCUGGACUACUCGGUGGAGGAGGACAUCAGCCAGGAAGAGGCCGAGCGCCGCGAAGUCGAGGGGAGCGUAUCUGAAGCAGGAGAUGACAAAUCACAAGGGAACCUGGCAGCUAUCUUCAGGCGAGCAGGCAAUAAUGUUCAGCAGGCCCCCAUCUGUGCGAGGCUAUUACAUUCAGACCCUGCUGCUUAUGAAUACGAUUCAGCAAAAAGAACGAUGCCUCAGUAUCACGUAUCGAAGAACUUUGCCGACCGGCGCUACAAAGUUCAGAGUGCUCGCACAUACUUCUACCUCAAUGAAGCCCAGUGUGAACGCAACAUGGAAACAUUCCAGGAUUGUUUGGAGGCUGUCUCAGGUGCAACAUAUGGGACAGGGUUUUGUGCUAUCAAACUUACAGCACUUGGAAGACCACAGCUCUUGUUGCAGUUGUCGGAAGUGAUAAUGCGAACACGACAAUAUUUGACCGACGUUGUCGGUGGUACGGGCAGUGUUAUCUCCCACCAUGUCGGACCCGAAGUUCUCGAGAAGAAGUUCGAGCAGGCAUGUCUGCUGAGUGAAGCGCCAGUCAAAAAGUUCCUCGACAAGAUCACGUAUGACCAGGAGGGGAUGAUCCAUUUGUUUCCUUGGAGUGGCAUCAUAGACGAAAAUCAACAGCUGAGUGAGACCUUCAGAGUGCCAGAUCUCAAAACAGGGCGAAUGGUUCGGCUCAUCACACAGCUUACCUCAAAAGAAGAAGAAAUGUUUAGAAACAUGAUUCGUCGUGUAAACACUCUUGCAAAGAUGGCACAAGAUCUGGAUGUACGUAUAAUGAUUGAUGCUGAGCAGACUUACUUUCAACCUGCAAUUUCUCGUAUCACUGUAGAAUUCAUGCGAAAAUAUAACAAGAAAAAGGCUGUUGUAUUUAACACAUAUCAGUGCUACCUGAAGGACACAUAUAAUGAGUGUACCACAGAUCUGGAACAAGCAAAGAGGCAGAAUUUCUACUUUGGAGCAAAGCUUGUACGUGGAGCUUACCUGGAACAGGAACGCGCUAGAGCUGCAGCCCUCGGGUAUCCCGAUCCAACAAAUCCUUCAUUUGAGGCGACGACUGAGAUGUACCACCGUACACUGACUGAGUGCCUUCGUAGGAUAAAGGAUCUAAAGGACGCAGGAGAGGAGAAGAAGAUUGGUAUAAUGGUUGCCAGUCACAAUGAAGAUACUGUUCGUUUUGCUAUUGAAAAAAUGAAGGAGAUUGGCCUCUCACCAGAAGACAAAGUAAUUUGCUUUGGACAACUACUGGGAAUGUGUGACUACAUUACAUUCCCUCUAGGCCAGUCAGGGUAUUCAGCGUACAAGUACAUCCCGUACGGUCCAAUUGAGGAGGUGCUGCCGUACUUGUCGAGAAGAGCUCAAGAAAAUAAGGGUGUUCUAAAAAAAAUUAAGAAGGAAAAGAAGCUGCUAUUGCAGGAGCUUGGUCGUCGUAUUGUGAGAGGAAAGAUCUUCUACAAGCCUCAGGGACAUUAUCUUCCUGUCUGAACUGCCUUAAUUUGCAUCGAGAUUUCCGUCGCAGUAGAGUUUUGGCUGAAGCAUCUUCAUCUUAGAGAGAGAUUCUUCCGAGCUGCUCCUUUCUUAUUUUCUCUGGUUUCUGCCCUGCAGAAUUCCUCAGCAGAUGAUGUGUACCAGAUAUAAACUUUAUUUCAGCUGGAACUUAAUGGUGCAGUUAAGACUUUGAAAUACUGUGGGUAGUAGACAACCAUAUUCUCUUCCUCUCAGCAGUGCUGAGAUUGGUUUUCAGAAAGUUGGUGUGACAGCCCACUGCACUGGCUAAUUUACUGGAUUUUUUUAGACAAAAUGUGAAGACUGUUUUGAAAGUGUGACUUCUUCAUGCAGACACUGGAGAAAGAAAAUGUUUUUAAAGUGCUUUUUCAGACUGGAUGUGCUCAUUUGUUUUUGCAAGUGUGUGUGUGUGUUGUGUGUGUGUGUGUGUGUGUGUGUGUGUGUGUGUGUGUGUGUAAUUAGCCUUUUGCUUGAACAUUGUUAUUAUGAUGUAAAUAUAUACUUAUUUAGUUGUCCACACUGUAAGUAAAUGUAAAUAUAAAUUAAUGUGAACCAUUUUAUCUGUAGUUUAUAUAUGUUUGUGUGUGUGUUUAUUUUUCUUUUAUCAUGUAACUGUAGGCAUUAAAAAACUACACAGAAUGCUUGUCUAUAUUUCACACAUUAUUUAAAGAUUCUUCCUUACCGAACUCGAAAUUUGUGAUCAUGAGGGUGAGUGUAGUGUUUUGUUUGUGGUUAAUUUAUUGUUCAGCUUUAAACUUUGUCAUGUUAUGAAAUUUCUGUGUGUUUGGAGUACGGUAUUUGCUGGUGUUAAGACCUUAGUAUCCAGCAGCUCUGUGUGUGCCUGGAAAUCCUUUGUUUCUGACCUGGUUUAAAUGUGAGAGGUUAGUAGAAUUGCAACUUCCAUAUUAGUAAUCUGAGUAUCAGUACUGUUGUGAAGAGGUUUUUUAUGAAAUUCAGCUUUUGAAGCAGUAUUUCAUUAAUGAAUCAAAACUGUAAAUGAGACCUGUGGGCUAAAGGAGCUUACAUAAGAUUGUACAACAAUGCAACCGAAAAUGCCUGCUGGCAUUAGACAAUAAGCACAUAAAUUUUAUAGCUGUAAACAUUGUUCUGCUCUGGACAAAGUUGUACUAAAGCAAAAAUGAUUUUAUCACUUCAGAGGAUCACACAAAUAAUUUUGCAAUUUGCUGUUACUUGGAAAUGGAAGGCAGAUGAACAAGUGCUUUCUUAUCCGUGAAAUUGUGUAAAAGUUCUUUGUUCGUGAUUGUCAGGAAAUAGUUUUAGAUUUCCCUUUAGAAAUUAUUUUAGUCUUUAACUACUAGUUGUAUGUUGUUAAAGUAUUAAAUAUAUUUCUUGGGAAGUAAAAAGUUCCUCGGCAAGCAGAUUUGGCAGUGAUGGCAGUCUGCAUAUCAGUUACUUAAUUUCACGUAUCGAGUGUGCUUCUGUGUACGAGUGAAACUGAAUAAAGUAUGUCCUUGUGGGAAGAUUGUAUUACUUGGGAAUCAGUAUUUGCUAAGUGUUAAGUAACAGGGACUUAAGAAAUAUUUUUGUUAUUACUACAGUUUAACUGCAAAU